GUGAAACAGCUAGAAAUUGAUCUUAAAAAAUUGGAGUAAUGACCUAGUCAAGAGUCAUAAUCCUCGAAUCUUCUGGUUCUGGUUAAUAGAAAGAGAGCAGAAGAAGUGGGUUAUUGUGCAAGUUUGCAGAGAAAAGCUGGCCAGAGUGGAAAUGGAGCUGCCAAAAGAGUAUGGAUAUGUGGCUCUGGUUCUUGUAGCCUAUUGCUUCCUCAAUUUCUGGAUGGCUGGUCAGGUAGGCAAGGCCCGCAAGAUGUACAAGGUUCCUUAUCCUACCCUUUAUGCUUUAGAAUCUGAAAACAAAGAUGCUAAGCUCUUCAACUGUGUCCAGAGAGGGCACCAGAACUCGCUAGAGAUGAUGCCUAUGUUCUUUGUGUUGAUGAUGUUAGGAGGGUUUAGGCAUCCCUGUGUCUGCGCUUCUCUUGGAUGCCUCUAUAUCAUCACUCGUUAUUUCUAUUUCACUGGCUAUUCCACCGGAGAUCCUCAGAAACGUCUCAGUAUUGGGAAAUAUGGGUUCUUGGCUAUGUUAGGGCUUAUGGUGUGCACUAUCUCCUUCGGCGUCAGUCUUCUUCGAGGAUAAUAUCUUGUUUCUGACAUGAACUAUGGGUCAUUUUCCUGUAAUUUCUCAUACCUAUCUACCUACCAUCUAUGGCUUCUCCCUUCUUAUAACUGUUUUGUUACCUGUUGAAUAAGUGCAAAGCCUUUGUCAAACACAGUCGUGCUAAGAAAACAUUAGUUUUCUUGAGAUGUACUUUUUUUGAAUAUUUAUAAAAAUAUAAACGUUAGAUGGUUUCUCAAA